CCUAUAAUCCCACUCAUUACUACAAUUACACAACACUUCAUUUCCAUUUUCAUUCCCACCUCUCUCAUCCCUCUCACUCUCAUGGCUGUUGAUUCUCUUUUGCUCUCUUUCUUCCUUCCCAUCCUCCUCUCCUUCUCUCCCGCGCUCUCCACCAACUCUGAAGGAAAUGCGCUGUCUGCUUUGAGAAGCAGACUUUCAGACCCCACAAAUGUUCUGCAAAGUUGGGAUCCAACUCUUGUCAAUCCGUGUACUUGGUUUCAUGUCACCUGCGAUUCCAACAACCACGUUCUUCGCUUGGACUUGGGAAAUUCCAACAUUUCUGGGAGUUUGGGACCGGAGCUAGGUCAACUCAAGCACCUGCAGUAUUUGGAGCUUUACAAAAAUAACAUAGUAGGGAAAAUCCCCAAGGAGUUGGGCAAUUUGGGAAAACUCAUAAGCAUGGAUCUCUAUGGAAACAAACUCCAAGGGAAGAUACCCGAGUCCUUUGCCAACUUGAAGUCUCUUCGAUUUUUACGGUUGAAUGAUAACAAGCUAACUGGAUCAAUACCACGGGAACUCACCACUCUGUCUGACCUCAAAGUCUUUGAUAUCUCGAAUAAUGAUCUUUGUGGAACAAUACCAAUUGAUGGCCCGUUUGGGAUCUUCCCAAUGGAAAGUUUUGCUAACAACAACAGACUCAAUGGCCCCGAGUUGAAAGGAUUGGUGGCUUAUGACUUUGGAUGCUAGAGGGAGAUGCAGAAACAUAACUUUGUGUUAAGCUUAAGAAAGAUUAUAGGAGAAAACAAAGUGGGUGUUUGUUUGUUUGAAUGUAAUGUUGUUGAUAUAUAUUCAAUAUAUGCAUUGCCUCUUGUAGUUAUACAACUACUACUACAUUUUACAGCUCAAGUUGUGUAGCAUUAAUAGGCUGAUAGAGAGUUAGUUGUAAGUUGUAACUUUGCAAUGAAAUGAAAACCUCAAAGUGGCGUUCUGCUACUUUCACCCCUUCA